GACUACACCCAGCCGCCGCAUCACUACCCUGGCUUUCUUUGCUGCCCUAGCCUUGACGUUGGUUAACGUCGGAGUGUGGGUUAGAUUGGAGACUCCCAAAUUCGUCUUUUGGUUUUCUUCCGAUUUGGGUGUGUCCCCCUUGGCAACCGUACUUCCGAAGCUCUAGGGAUUUUUAUAUAGCAUCAAUUUCUUGAAUAUGUCUUGGCAAAGCUACGUGGAUAACCUGAUGGCCGAUGGCAGCUGUCAGGAUAGCGCCAUUGUUGGAUAUACGGACGCCAAAUAUGUUUGGGCAGGACAUGCCGGUGGUACAUUUACCAAUAUUACGGCCCAAGAAAUAGAUAUCCUUAUCGGUAAGGACCGGGAGACCUUUUACACCAGCGGUCUCACUCUGGGCUCAAAGAAGUGUUCAGUCCUCAGAGACAGCCUCCUGGAUGACGGGGACUGGACAAUGGACAUCAGGACGAAGAGCCAAGGGGGAGAACCUACAUACAAUGUCACUGUUGGAAGAGCUGGAAAAGUUUUGGUUCUUGUAAUGGGCAAAGAAGGGGUCCACGGCGGCGGCUUGAAUAAGAAGGCUUUCUCGAUGGCAAAAUACUUGAGGGAAUCAGGGUUUUAAUGUUUUCACGCUCACGUAGAUGAAAUUGAGAGACAAAAUGAAAAAAAAUUGCUGUUAAGAUUUCUCCUGCAAGCAGUCAAAUGUCUUGGAAACUUUUAAUAGCAAUGGAAGUGGUAAGAUACUGUGUCACAUUUGUCCCCCCCUUUGUUCUGUAAGGGGGGGAGAAGUUGUUAAUUUCUUUUUCCUUGUGUGCUCCAGUAUUGGUUUUAGUCAUGGGGAAAGAUGAGGUCCAUGGUGGAAAUCUUAACAACAAAGCACAUACAACGGCUGGCUGACUACCUGAGGAGGUCUGGAUAUUAAGCAACUUAGCGGCUCACUCCCUCCCACCACAUUGUGUUGGCAUUACUUCCAGGAUAAGAUGGCAUUCAAUGAUACUUUCCCUUCUCAGUCAACUUUUGUAAAAAGCCUUUUGUUUGCUUUGCUCCUUCCAUGCUUUUUUUCUUUUUUUACUUGACACUAAGCUUACACACUUGAACAUUGUACUUCCCAUAUUUUGGCACUACAUUAAUGGCAUGUUCCUUUAAAUGUUAACCAAAGUGUGCGAAAGUAUUAUUGUAAAAUAAAUGUGAACUCUCCUUGUAUGACAUUCAUUUAGCAACUGGCUAAAUAAAAUUCUAAGGGGAAGUACACAUGUAAUUGUGGCCAUAGUUUGCAUAGUAUUGCUUUUUGAGCAUUACUACAAGAUCUCAAUGUUGUUGGGUUUUUUUUGCCCCCCACAUCAGCAUGAUUUUAAAAGUUGCAUGCAUACCCUUUUAACAACUCCUGGUUUAGCGCCGCCGCCCCCCCCCCCCCCCUUAUCCCUGCAUAAAAUUCCAGCCAAAACUAUCCGCUCUUCUGCCUCAUCUUCAAGUCUCUGUUAAAUAAAUGAUUUCCUCUGACAACGUCCUGUAUGUGUAUACCAGCUCACCACCCUCAAGCACAAUGUCCCCGCCCAUCAUGUGCUUUUGCUAUUGUAUCUGAAUGUGGUCUUACACGUAAAUGAUGUGGUUUUGGGCUGUUUGAGUAGUUGUAAGGUCAGCAUUGCUGAGGUCUAAAGAUAUCGUCAUGAGACAUCCCCACAUCCUGGAGUCUGACAGCUCGUUCAUUUGUCAGUCAGCUUCUGCUAUUUAUACAUUUUCUGUAAAUCACUACGCACCUGUUAUCCUCCCUCUUUCCUUUUUCCUUUGGACCAAUUGUCAGUAUAAAAGGAUUAUCAGAAUAACUUCAGCUUAAUCUGAUUGUUGGCAUUAUUUGACUGUAAAUCAUAAAGCCAACUUCUAAUGACUGUAAAACAUUUAACUGCUUCCAUAGACUUCAUUACUACUUAAACCCUUAAUCACUAAUUGACUUGUUGCUAACUUUAUGUCCAUUAACCAAUGAAACGGUAAUGUCAUUUGACUACGGUGUGAAUGCAUUUGACUGUAAACCGAGGCUGUUGGGCUCCAACACUUGGGAAUUAUUUGCCUUGUGCUUUAGUCAUCAAAGGUGUAUUCACAAAUUGUCAUAGUAUGGUACUUAGAAGUAUAUUUAAAAGAAAACAAUGCUGUGUACACUAAACAUAUUGAAAAUGGUGUUGGUUGGAAUAAGAACAUUUGUAAGUUGUCUUGUGAAAUUUUUCUGAGAAUAACUAUUCUGUGCCAUAAAAAUUGACCUGAUCUGUUGCUACUACGAGUUGGAUUUUUAACUGCUGUCCCAGCAAGAAGUAACUUUUAAUGGCACUUUCCUAAGGGAUAUUUUGAAUCAGUAAUCUCCAGACUUUGGAAUAUGUACAGAUAUAAACAGAAAAAAAGUUUGCAAUACUCUGUCUUUUGUUUUUUAGUUGGAAAUUCCAUCUGCCACAAAAUCUAUUUGAAAUGCCAUGAAUUGAUGAGACAUUUUGUUUACCGACAGAUCAAAUAAAAGUUAUUCCAACCAGA